GAGAGCAAAAGGGAGGGAGUGUGAGGAUUCGGUGUUUCGUCGUACAUGGGGAAGCGAUUGUACAUAGUGCGUGUAUUUAUAUGUCAAUUUUUCGUCUCUGACUUUUCACCAUACGAAAUUAAAGUGGAUGGCAAUAGACUGAUUAAUACGGUUGUUUUUGACAUUCAAUGUAUACGCUAUGCACGGGGACCGGGUUGCCAUUUAUAGCCAUACAAACAUAGCCAUACAAUACGUUGCAAAGAAGCACAUUUUACAAAAUAAUUCGACAUUUGGGUGAUCUCAAACGAGUCGCAACCGAUGGACAUACGGACAUCUUGACUGAGCGCAUCGAAAGUAUUUUUUUUUUUCCUCUCUCCCUCUCUCUCUCUCUCCCCAGAUCCAGUAAUGGCACAGCUAUUGUUUCUUAUAAUUCUGUAUGCUCUGCCAUCUCUUGUUGUGGCCAUACAUAAUUCAACAACUGGAGGCUGUGCCAUCAUCCGUCCUCCCAGAGAUGGAGGCAUCCGCUACAGAGGCCUAACACAAGAACAGAUUCGCAAUGUGCAGAUCCUACCAGUGGACUACGAGAUAGAGUACAUCUGCAGAGGGAACAGGGUCAUAGUGGGCCCUAAGGUCAGGAAGUGCCUUCCCAACGGCACAUGGACUGAUAUCACACAGCACAGCAGGUGUCUGCUGCUGUGCCCUCGUGUCUGGACGUCCCUGGAGAAUGGGAGGGUGGCGCUGAAGCCCCCUGGGCCACCGGUGGAGGGCACCGUGCUGCACUACAGCUGCCAUGCUGGCUUCAUGCUGGAGGGCAGGAACAUCACACACUGCACCAAGCUGGGCAAAUGGGACUCACCCAAACCGGUCUGCCUCUAUGACAGAAACUACAAAGGCAAGAAGAAACUCUACAUCGGAGCUCUCUUCCCCAUGAGCGGCGGUUGGCCGGGCGGCCAAGCAUGUCUCCCCUCUGCGCAGAUGGCUUUGGAUCUGGUAAACAACCGAACGGAUAUUCUGCCGGAUUACGAACUGGAGCUGAUAUACUAUGACAGUAUGUGUGACCCAGGGGAGUCCACCAAGUUGCUCUAUGAUCUUCUCUACACAGAGCCCAUCAAGACAGUCCUCAUGCCCGGCUGCAGCUCCGUAUCCACACUGGUAGCAGAGGCUGCGCGCAUGUGGAACCUCAUAGUGUUGUCCUAUGGCUCCAGCUCUCCAGCCUUGUCCAACAGGAACCGCUUCCCCACCUUCUUCCGCACCCACCCCUCGGCCACCCUCCACAACCCCACCAGGGUACGCCUCUUCCAGAAGUGGAAGUGGACAAAGAUCGCUACCAUCCAGCAGACCACAGAGGUCUUCACUUCGACUCUGGAUGAUCUGGAGCAGAGGGUGAAGGAGGCUGGGAUUGAGAUCAGUGUGAGACAGAGCUUCCUCACCGACCCGGCUGUCGCUGUCAAGAACCUCAAGCGUCAGGAUGCCAGAAUAAUUGUGGGGCUCUUCUAUGAGACGGAAGCCAGGAAAGUGUUUUGCGAGGUAUUUAAGGAGAAACUGUAUGGGAAGAAAUAUGUGUGGUUUCUGAUUGGUUGGUACGCUGAUAACUGGUUCAAGAUCAAAGACCCGUCCAUCAACUGCACCAUCGAGAACAUGACAGAGGCGGUGGAGGGCCACGUUACCACGGAGAUCGUCAUGCUCAACCCCGAGACCGUCCGCGGAGCCUCCAACCUGACCUCUCAGGAGUUCCUGGGGGCGUUGAUGAACCGGCUGGGGGGUAAGAACCCGGAAGAGACAGGGGGCUUCCAGGAGGCCCCUCUGGCCUACGACGCUGUCUGGGCCCUGGCCCUGGCCCUCAACAAGACUGUGGCCCCUCUGAAGGCCAAAGGCCGCAGGCUGGAGGACUUCAACUACAACAACCAUGACAUCACAGCAGAGAUCUACCGCGCCCUCAACACCAGCUCAUUUGAAGGCGUGUCUGGCCAUGUGGUGUUUGAUGCCCAGGGUUCCAGGAUGGCGAUGACCCUUAUUGAGCAACUGCAAGGAGGCAGUUAUAAGAAGAUUGGAUACUACGACAGCUCUCAGAAGAAUCUUUCCUGGUUCGGCAACGAUGUGUGGAUAGGUGCCGGGCCCCCGGCUGACUCGACAAUAGUCAUUGAGGAGUUUAGGUACCUGUCUCAGAAGCUGUUUGCUGCUGUGUCUGUCUUCGCUGGUCUGGGCAUCCUGCUGGGCAUCGUCUGUCUGACCUUCAACAUCUACAACAGCAACGUCCGGUACAUCCAGAACUCCCAGCCCUACCUGAACAACAUGACGGCAGUGGGUUGUAUGAUGGCCCUGGCUGCUGUGUUUCCCCUGGGGAUCGACGGACACCACAUCCACAGGUCCCAGUUCCCUGUGGUCUGUCAGUUCCGUCUGUGGCUGCUCGGCCUGGGCUUCAGUCUGGCAUAUGGCAGCAUGUUCACCAAGAUUUGGUGGGUACACAAUCUCUUCACAAAGAAGGAGGAGAAGAAGGAGAAGAGGAAGCACCUGGAGCCAUGGAAACUCUAUGCAACAGUUGGAGUGUUACUAGCCAUAGACGUCCUGUCACUCAUGAUUUGGCAGAUUGUGGAUCCUUUACACAUCACAGUGGAGAAGUUCACUAGGGAGGCCCCUAAAGGAGACUUGGAUGUCCUGAUUCAGCCCCUCCUGGAGCACUGCACCUCAGAGAAGAUGAACACAUGGCUCGGUGUAGUGUAUGGCUACAAGGGACUGCUGCUGUUGCUGGGGAUAUUUCUAGCCUACGAGACCAAGUCUGUUUCCACGGAGAAGAUCAAUGACCAUCGAGCCGUGGGGAUGGCUAUUUACAACGUGGCUGUGUUGUGCAUGAUCACGGCUCCCGUCACUAUGAUCCUCACGUCACAGCAGGAUGCUUCCUUUGCCUUUGCCGCGUUGGCCAUAGUGUUCUCUGUCUACAUCACGCUGGUGGUGCUCUUUGUGCCCAAGAUGCGCAGGCUGAUUACGCGUGGUGAGUGGCAGUCGGAGCAGCAGGACACGCUGAAGACCGGCUCGUCCACCAACAACAACGACGAGGAGAAGUCUCGCCAGCUGGAGAGAGAGAACCGUGAGCUGCAGAAGAUCAUACAGGAGAAAGAGCAGAGGGUAUCGGAUCUCCGCAACCAGCUGGUUGAGAGACAGGCCCUGCGCAACCGACGACGGCCCUCAUCCGGCACCAAUCAGAACCACAGCAACCCGUCCCCGCCCUCUUCCCAGCCAGACCCCAAGUCUCUCCUGCCUCCACCCGGUUACCCCAACCCCGCGUCGGACAAUCACUCCUCCUUACCCCCCUCCUUCUCCAACUCCUCCAACCUGUACCAGGCGGACAGCAAGAUAAGUCGCAACCACUGUCACAACAGCCAGAUCCCCCUGCUCUACAAGUGAAGGGGGGGAGGGGGGCUGGAAGAGCGCAGAGCACACGGAGGAACGAACACACAUGGAGGCACUGUGACUUUCACUUGUUAUGGAAAAAGAGCACAAGCUACUGACAUUGACAGAGUGAGUGGAGGCACACAACGGCAGAGGGCUUUUCCAUUCACUACAGGCUGCUGUGAGGCGAGUCACCCGGGGUAACACCAGUCUUUCUCACAGUCAAUGUCACUGUGGGAACCUGAAGCACUUAUGACUAGUAAUAGGAGUUAUUGAAUAAGAGACAAGCACAUCCCAGAGUAACCCUCAGUCUACUUGUGGAGACAAAGAAAAUGGACAGAUCUGCCCUUUUCACUCCUCCUCUUUCCUCCUUUCCUUUGUUUGUUUUCUCGUUCUGUUGUGCAGAUGUAUCUAGGAUCUCCGGGAGGACGUUGUGUACUGUGUGUGUUUGCUCCUUUUUGACUCCCGUCUCUAUCUGUCUCCCGUCUCUGCCUAUUUGUCUUCUGUUUGUUGAAAUAGCGAAGCACAUGGUAAUUGAUUAAUAUUGUUAUUGCAUAAUGUAUGAUAUGUUAUGUCAUGGAUUCAGUGUUGUGCCCUAUAUCUAUUUAGUUCAAUAAUUGUUUUGUUUUUUUUUUGGGGGGGGGGGGGGGGU